CCCGAACCUGCGAAGGAACCAUUCAAUCCAUCCUUCGCGAUAUACAGUCGCUAUUCGCAAGUUUUUGGAGUUCCCUCUUGGUAUGGUAAACUCGGUGAGGGGAUCCGUACCUCGAAUAUUCCCGUCCCGUCCUCCAGGUUUCGAUCGAACGAAGAGCCCGCGCCCCGCCAAUCACGGAGCCCGGGCCUCUGAACGGCGGGGAGGGGGAAAGGACGCACCAGAACCCGCGCCCCACCAUGGAAGAAGCCCGGACCAAGCUCAAGCUCAUUUUCCCACCGAACCUCACCCUAGUCUUUUCGGAAACAUCCCAGCCGCCAAAAAACACACCCACGAUCUCUCGACGACGUCACACCCCGCGACGACGCCCUUGUCGAACGAAUCGAACGAAUAUCGAGGGACGUUUUUCGAAUUGAAACCAGGCCCCGAUAGCAGACCUCUCAAGCAAGACCGCAGGACCUAACCCCCCUUCUACAAACACACGACACGGCACAACCCGGCGGCGCAAUGGCGGAUAGAGGCUCACACAGAGGCGGCGGCCGAGGCGGCGGAGGAGGAGGAGGAAACUACCGCGGCGGAAGGGGAGGAGGUCGCGGCGGCGGCGGCGGCGGUGGUGAUCGAGGCGGUGCCCAGGGCUCGGGCGGCGACCGCGAGAGGCCCAAGAAGGAGAAUAUCCUCGACUUGUCAAAGUAUAUGGACAAGCAGAUUACUGUCAAGUUCAACGGCGGGCGCGAAGUCACCGGAACGUUGAAGGGAUACGAUGCGCUGAUGAACCUGGUGCUGGACGAGGUCCAGGAAGUCAUGAGAGACGAAGAAGGAAACGAAACGACCAGGUCCCUAGGCCUCAUCGUCGCCCGCGGAACCCUCCUCGUCCUCGUCAGCCCCGUCGACGGAAGCGAGCCCAUAGCGAACCCGUUUGCGCAGCCCGAGGAGGAAUGAAUGAACUCUAAAAGGGGGGAGAGGAGUCAGGAGGGGUGGACUCGACUUGAUAUCCUAGCUGUGUGUGUGAGGCAGAAAAGGAAGGCAAGGGAAGGGGGGGCCCAAUCCAGCGACACUCAUCAAUGAGGCAUGGCUUUUUCUUUGUGCUCUGCGAGAUGGGGGUGCGACUUGAAGCUGGACGUAUGGGUAAACGCGAGACGGUAAUGUUGCCUGCGUGUUGUAGGCAUGCAGCAUACAUCAGCAGGAGGACAUGAAUAUGAUGAUGGCAUAUCAAAAAAGAUCCACCAGAUAGAAAGACCAACGGAAAAGAGAAAGGGGGUGGUGGUGGGAGGUUAUGGCACAAAUAUCAUAACGGCGGGAAGAGCAGCAUGAGUGAGGGCCUUUGCGGAUCCCCCAGCCUCACAACCUCGUGCACGAC